AUGAAUAUCAAUAUAUACAAUUCUUCAAGCUUUAUAGAUCUCAUCCCGAAUGACUUCAACUAGAAACACACUGUGUCCUCAUUGAAUAAAAUCAAAGCCAAAAAACUCAACAAACAGAUUUAAUCGACUUCCGACUUUGCCUCUUCAUCUUGUUUACAAAUGCUGACAAGUGCAAGCUCUAAUCGCAAAACCUUCAAAUAAAAUACUGACAUGUAUAAAUUGGGCUAAUAAUUUUUAUAACACAAAAAGGAAAAACAAUAACAAUUGAUUCACUAAUUGGAAGCCAAAUUCUAACAGUCAUGUCCAUUUUCACCCUAAAUCACCUCCAAUUCUCGAGUCAUUGCUUCUAUGUCCAAAACUACUGUAGAUAGAGGAAGACAGUCCUCUGAAUUGAUUGAUUCCCAAUCCAUUAAGUUACAAAAAGAACUAGAAGAAUGCACUUUUUCCCCUCAGAUUUUAAGAAGAAAUAUUGACAUUUUUGAUAGAUCUUCCCCCUUCUAUUUCAGAUAAAUUGAUUGGAAAUCAAAUCUUUAAGAGAAAUUACAAGCAAACAGAUCAUAAAACCAAACUCAAUCAACCAUUUCCCAAAACAAACAAAUUCAUCCAAAAUACUUAGACUUGAGAGCAAGCCAUGCUUUGAAGAAAAAUAUUUCUGCAAAAUACCUAAGAUAAUCGUUGACUUAGAUUUGA